CACCCUGGAAAUUUUUAAUUUUUUGAGAACUCUUUGACAGAGAUAUGUUUCUUUUAUCCUUCAAAGUCCAACCUCUAUUUCUUAAUAAGUAAUGGUGACAAACAACCAAGAAUCUAGCGCUUUUGCUUCUUAUAACAGUCAUUACCUCAGGUGAAGAAGAAAAGGAGAGGAAAAGGGGAAGAAAGUUAGUGGGGGAAGAAAAGAAGAACAAGUGGGGUUAAAAGGGUCAGUCUUUCACUGAAAACCAGGGAACAAUAAUCAUAGUUUUUCUUCCAUUCUAUUAAAAAUACAGCACAUUUCUAACUGAAUUUGCUUUAUCAUGCACGUGUUGAUUCAUGCUUUAGGCAUUCAUUAUCAGUAGCCGUUUGUAUAACAGUAGUCAUGCUGUUUGUGUGAUUCUCAAUUGAAACACUGCUGUACCUAAGCUACAAUUUGUUUUCUCAAGUAGGUUGUGUUGUCUUGUUUGAGUUAAAGAAGUCUUAAACCGGUUGUUUAUCUAUAUUUUGUAUUGCUCUAGUCUUGGUUCAGGAAAAGAAGCAAAGUCUUGAAUAAUGGAUGAGAAGCAAAUCUCCGGUUUAUGUUCAGCCGAAUUUGAAAAGAGGAGUGAUAGCUUGUAUCCAAUGUGUUUUGGUGUUUCUUGUGCAUUCUUUGCCCUCCAACUAUUGUCAAGACCUGAAUCGGAAGGUGAAAGAUGGUCCAAAGUAUGUGAUAAAAUGCUUCAAGGAAGUGCCCAGCUGCUGGGGUUGCUUGUGUGGAAGGCCCAGAGAGAAGGAGCCAGUGAAGGAAAGUGUGAGCUUCUCUAUAAACUUGAAACUGCUGAGAGAGAGACGGAAGAGUUGAAAAAACUGAGACGUGAAGAUGCAAGAGCCACUGAGAAAGUUGUGAGUAUCUUUGCUACAAAAGAGCAGAGCUGGUUGAAUGAAAGGAAGAUUCUCAGGCAGCAGAUUGGGGCUCUUUUGAAUGAAUUGAGAGUCGUUGAGAAAAAAAAGGAUCAUGCUGUUUCUGAAUUGAAUGAAAAGUUGAAGGAAAUGGAGAUUAUGGUGCAGCAUAAGGAUAAGGAGUUGGAGGAAGAGAAGCAGAAUAAGAGUGAAUUAGAAGAAAAGCUAAAAGAAGCUGAAAAUGUCAUCAAAGAAUUGAGAGAAACUGCAACGCUUGAAGCCCAAGAGCAUUCUUCUGAGCUAUGGAAGCACAAAUCUGCCUUCAUUGAAGUUGUGUCAAACCAACGGCAACUUGAAGCUGGAAUGGGCCGCGCACUUAGGAAAAUUGAAGCUACAAAACAAGAACUUGAAGUAGUAUUAGAGCGAAAGGAGGAGGCAGACUUGAUGGUUCAAAAACUAUCAAUGGAGAUGGUAAAAAUGCAUAAGGAUUUGGAGCAAAAAGAAAAAAUUCUGUCAGCAAUGCUUAGGAAGAACAAGCUGGAUACGACAGAGAAACACUUGCUUUUAAAGGAGGUUAAACAAUUGAAGGCUAAGAGAAAGCAAGCUGAAAUAGAAACUGAAAGGUGGAGGGCAGUAUCAGAGUCUAGACAUGAGAGGCAUUCAUUAAGAAGUAUGUUGACUAACCAAGUAAAUUCAAAAUUGGACUUUUACACAGGGGCAAGAGGGGUGCAUCAACAUGCAACAGGAUCAUCACACAUUGGAAAGACAAGAUCACAGCCAACUGAUCUUGUUCUUGAGUAUGGGCAUAUUGGACUUAAAAAGGACAGAAAGGAGCCAGAACUUUCUCCAAUCUCUGACUGCUACUCACUGGAAGGAAAUGAGGCAUUGGCUAUGACAGCUGAUGUUAAGCAAUUGGAAAGUUGGGUACUGACAGAAGCUGAGAAGUAUGCAACUUUAAUUGAGCAAAGGCAUCACUUAGAACUAGAUGCUUUUGCAGAACAAAUGAGAAUCAAAGAUGAGAAAUUAGAAACAUUUCGUUGGCAGUUGAUGAGCAUGGAACUAGAAUCAAAGCGGCUGCAGUCCCAUAUUGAGGGAAUGAAUGAGGAUAUGUCACAGCUCAGACAUGAUAAUAUGAAAUUGGAAGCCUUGUUAUUGGAGAGAGAAGAAGACUUAACUUCCUUAAAAGAGCAACUAGCAUCACAAUUGAAGGCCCUAAAUUGCCAAAAUACUAAUUUAAAUUGUUCUGUACAUAGUCCAGUAAUAGCCCAUGAGGCCAUUGGCUCUGAAGUUAUCAAUAAGAGAAAACAGAAUGAGAGAGAGCAAGAAACAAGGACUCCAAAUUCGGAGGAUUUGUGUCAAGAGGAAGAUGCUGAGAAAGAAGAAGGAAACUCAUCCUUUAACCAGUCCAAGGAUGUAGGUUUAAUAGCCCAUUCUCCUGAAAAAGAGUUAGAAGAUGAUAAGGAAAUUGCCAAAGAACGUCCUGUAAAAGAGGGAAGAACAAGUCCAGUGGAUAUUGAUGUUACUGAAAAGCUGGCAUCAUCUAGUCAGCCCUUGAAUAAGACAAACAAUUCUCUUUGGAGGAUGGAUCUUCAUGCUCUUCAAGUUUCUUAUAAGAUCAAAAGGCUGAAGCAGCAACUUCUAAUGCUUGAGAGACUGACAGGGAAGCAAGAAAGCCUUGAAGAUACAGAAAGCAAUGAUAAUGGGCAAAUUGGGAUCAAGAGUUUCCUUGCAUUGAUGUCCUUGCUGAAUAAACAAGUUGGCAGGUACCAGUCCUUUCAAGAGAAGGCAGAUGACCUUUCCAAACGCAUGCAUGAGCAUAAUCUAACUGCGAGUGGUGGAGAUUCUAGUACAGCAAGACCAAAGGAAGAAACUAAAGCACUACAAAAAUUCCUAGACGAAACAUUUCAGCUGCAGAGACAUAUAGUUGCAACAGGACAGAAAUGGGUGGAAAUUCAAUCCAAGAUUGCUUCUGGAUUUGUUGGGGUCACUGAAGAAAUAAAUAAGACUGCCAGCUUUGACAUGAAACGCUUUGCUGAUAGUGUCAGAACUCUCUUUCAUGAAGUUCAAAGGGGCCUUGAGGUUCGGAUAGCUCGAAUUAUUGGAGAUCUUGAGGGGACAUUGACUUGUGAGGGGAUGAUACAUUUAAGGAGGUAGUGAGGAGAGCUAAAAAAAAUUAAAGAUGAGGCUUAAUACAUAAUAGACAGUCUUGCAGUUUGUAAGUGUUUCUACUGAUAACUAUAUAGUUGAAUUUGUAUAGUGAAAAAACACAAAAUAAUUUUAAUGCUAUAGAAAUGAUGUUGAAUAAUUGUUCUUUA